AUGACACUUUUGCGAAAAGCCGGGUUGCUUCUUUUCUUCGAACCCGCCGAGGUGUUCGGCGCAGACGUGAAGAGCACCAAUAUCAAGUUUCAUGAGGGCCUCCCGCGCGAGGAGAAAUGGAAGUCCAAUGGCCACAUGGGCAUCACGCUGUGGAUGACCGGCCUUUCGGGCAGUGGCAAGAGCACGAUUAGCGUUGCUCUGGAGCGUGCCUUGGUAGAGAUGCAGCCCAAGAGCUACUUCGUGUACCGCCUGGAUGGCGACAACUUGCGGUUCGGGCUCAACAGGGAUCUGGGCUUCAGCCCUUCCGACCGGAAGGAGAAUGUCCGACGUGUCUCCGAGGUGUCCAGGCUCUUCGCGGAAGCUGGGGCCAUUGUGAUCGCGGGCCUGAUCUCGCCUUAUGCUGCAGAUCGCGAGUAUGCGCGCGAGGUCCACAAGAAUGCGUCUCUGCCCUUUAUGGAGGUCUUCGUAGACGCGCCUCUGGCGGCCGUGGAGAGCCGCGAUCCGAAGGGCCUCUACAAGAAGGCCCGGGAGGGCAAGAUCAAGGGCUUCACCGGCAUCGACGCCCCCUACGAGAAGCCUGUCAACGCGGAGGUGCAUGUGCGAACUGACCAGCUGACUGUCGUUCAGUGUGUGAACGUGAUCUUGAAGAAGCUCGACGAGUUCGGCAUCCAUUUGCAGCAGACCUUCAGGCAGCUGGAUGAGUCGACAGGUGAGUGCGCGGCCGUGCAGGAGAAGUAG